AUGGCUGCAGUGAGCGGCAAGGAGGCCAUACCGGACGGCACAGGCUCUCGGGAAGGAAUGUUUUCUGCCAGAUUUGAUGGCAAGGAGACGGAGAGGCUGUUCCGACAAGUUUACAAGAUCCUAAAGGAUCUGAAUUAUUCGGUUCUGAUGGUGGAAGAAGGAGCAGGAGGCGACUUCGGAGACUCUACUGCGAUUUUUCUGGGGCGCCUCCGGAAGCGCAAGGGUGUGAUGCUCUCCGUAUGCUCCUGGCACUACGGCGAGAUCACCAACUCGAAGUACUCCUCCUAUGAAGAAGUCAAGUUUGCCCAUGGCCACGACAUCGAUAUCCUCCCUCUCAGAGUGUGCGACGAUCCCUGGCCACCGGAGCCCCCCUCGGGUCCAGAGCAUCCCUACGACAAGGAGGGGAAGGCCGAAGGCUUGCUGGCUCUGGCGAUCCCCCCAAGCCAAAUCUACGUGGAUUGCAGGGGGAAGGAUGCGCACUGGAUCGCUGCCAGAAUCGCGGAGAAGCUGUACCAGAAGCCGACAGAGGCUGCGCACUCUGGCCCUUCAUCGAGCGCCGCCGCAGCGACUGGGCCGGAAGUCAAGGCAAGUGCUGGUGCCUCGUCACCGAUUCUCGCGGGGCCGAUCGCCCCAGCCUUGCGGAAAGCCAAGGAAUCGGAGGCCGUUGCGGAUACUGCCGCAGGCGAGCCCAAGGUUGCAGCCCCUAGCUGCCCUAGCUCUUCAUCAAGCCCUGCGGAUGUCGCAGAAGCAAAGGCCUGGUACGAUUUGGGCCUGCAAGGUGGGGGAGAGCGCAACGGCAAGUCCCACACGAAGAAGGAGAGCUAUGUGAAGGCGCUUGAGAUCGAUGAGAACCAUGCCUGUGCCUGGAACAACCUCGGAGUUCUUGGUGGCGGCACCGUGAAGGGAAAGAGAUACAUCUCGAAGGCAUGUUACAUGAAGGCAGUCGAGCUGGAUGUGAACUAUGUGAGUGCUUGGUACAACUUGGGAGAAGCGGGCGGCGGCACCGUGAACAGAAAGAAGCACAGCUCGCAGGACUGUUACGUGAAAGUGCUCGAGCUGGAUGAGAACUAUGCGGAUGCUUGGUACAACCUGGGCGGCGGCACUGUGAAGGGGAAGAAGCACAGUUUCAAGGAGUGCUACCUGAAGGCUAUCGAGCUCGAUGACAAACAUGCCAAGGCAUGGUGCGGCCUUGGGACUGUAGGCGGUGGCACCGUGAAGGGCAAAGGGUACAGCGAGAAGGACUGUUAUCUGCAAUCAGCUGAGCUUGACGAGAAGUGGCACUAUGCCUGGAACGGGCUUGGACUUGUCGGCGGUGGCACCGUGCAGGGGAAGGACUACAGCCCAAAGGAGUGCUACGCCAAGGCUAUUGAGCUCAGCGAGAACUUUCGGCUUGCCUGGAAAAAUCUCGGUGACUGUGGCGGUGGGACGGUGCGUGGCACCCACUACAGCCCCGACGAGUGCAAAGCCAAAGCUGAAGGAAGGUGA